AGCGGGGCCGGGCUGGGCCGGGCCGGGGGUGCGAGGCGGAGGCGGCGGCGGCGGCCGAUCACUUGUUGUGAGCUGGUGGUGUGGAAGGAGCUGAAUGAAUGGCACAGUCGGGGCAGAGGGGAAGUUUGCGUUUCGUGCUCUCUGCUGGCCACAGGUUACAACCAACGCUUUGCCUCUGAAGCCACCUGGAAUCAUUGGAGCUGCGUGUCCUGAGGGACUCCUGAGGACCGCCGAAGGAAGGGCGCCAUGAUGGAUAACCGGUUUGCCACAGCACUGGUGAUCGCCUGUGUGCUCAGCCUCAUCUCCACCAUCUACAUGGCAGCUUCCAUUGGCACCGACUUCUGGUACGAAUACCACACCCUGUCCCCAGCUGAGAAUGUUAGUGAAGCUGGUAGAAGCAUCUGGGAGGAGUUUUUCAGCAAAGAUGCAGAUGAGAAGACCUACACAGAUGCGCUCUUCCGGUGCAACGGCACGGUUGGACUGUGGCGGAGGUGCAUCACUGUACCCAAAAACUCUCACUGGUACAGCCCACCAGAAAACGACAUGACUACAAACUGCAUCAGUUUUUCCCUCUCUGAUCAGUUUAUGGAAAAGUACAUUGAGCCUGGAAAUCACAAUAGUGGCACAGAUUUGAAUCGGACUUAUCUCUGGCGACUGCAGUUUCUCCUGCCCUUUGUCAGCAUCGGCCUCAUGUGCUUUGGGGCUCUGAUUGGGCUCUGUGCCUGUGCCUGUCGCAGCCUUUACCCAGCCAUUGCCACUGGAGUCCUGCAUUUCCUAGCAGGGCUUUGUACGCUGGGCCUUGUUGGCUGCUACGUAGCUGGGAUUGAGCUGCUCCACAAGAAGCUGCCUCUGCCUGAUGACGUGAGGGGUGAAUUUAGCUGGUCCUUCUGCCUCGCCUGUGUGUCGGCACCUUUGCAGUUCAUGGCAGCUGCUCUUUUCAUCUGGGCAGCUCGCACCAACAGGAAGGAGUUCACCCUCUUGAAAGCGUACCGGGUAGCAUAAGUGCUGCUGCCGCACUUUGGGGUUUCCAUGUUAGAGCCUCCUCUCCUCCCAACCUGUACUACUUUUUUCUUUUAGUCAGAAUUUUAUCGUGUACUGCAUGCUUCUUGCCAGUGGAGACAAUUUAGCCUGUGGGCCCUGAAGACAAAGACCUCUGGGCUAAAUUACCAGACUCUGCCAGAAGUCUGCAGAACUUGAACAGGUUUUUUAAUUGGGUUUUUUUAAGAAUUGCUAUUAUUUUUUAAGCUUCAUUGGUUGUUGACAAUUCCCCUUAGUUAGGUGUACAUGCCCCUUCCUAAUUUUAUUACCCUGUCAGCCUGGAGGAAAUAGAAGUGGUGUUGUGGGGUGAAAGAGAGAUAGGAAAGGGUGCAGGUAGGCAAGAAUGGCCACUUCAGUGCACAAGUAAUAAAUAAUCAGGAGCUGUCUGCUGUGUGACCCAAGCAGGCAGUACCUACAAGGGAGCACCCAAGAGACAUGGGGGAACUCAGAAACCUCCGUUACGGAAAUACUGUAGCUAAGUCAGUCUGUAGCUUAGCUCUGGGUCUCCUCACUGGUUUGCUACAUCUUGUGGCGUCUGCCAAAACUGAUGGAGGCAGAGCAGCCAGCUGUGGGAGUGCCUGCACAGCACACCCCCCUGAGUGCGGGCUCUGCACUUGCUUCUGCCAAGGAGUGGGAUAAGACGACCCUUGUGGAGCUCUGUGCUGCUCUAGCUACACUGCUUCCAGGACCCAGGCUAGUUUGGUAUCUGCACUACAUGUGAUUGUGCACUCUAAUCUUAACUUGUGGUGCUUUUGCUUGCUGUGAAAUAAGGCUUUCUUCUCUCCUGUUGAAAAUGACCUCCUCACAAGUUUUUUUGGUUUUAAUUUGGUUUAGUGUAUGUGUGUAUAUGUACAUAUAUAAACUUAACUUUUUUUAAAUCUCACCUGUUUGUCCUAUAUAACACACAUCAGGUUUUUUUUAAAAGGUGCUGCUCUUUUCCUAUCUUGCCCAAAACCUAAUGUUUAAAUGAAAUAAUAAAAACUAAAAAACCAGA